GUGUUUUAGCAGGUCCAUUAGGUUUAUAAGAGAGCGAGCUGGCCCAUUGGCCCAUUUAAUAAAUACCAUUCCGAUGAUCGGAAGUUCGAAUAUCACACAAAACUAAUCAAAACCGUUUUCCGAGUCCUCUCUCUCUUUCAUCGCCCACCGUCGCCGUCGUCUCUUUCACUACAGGAGAUUCACCUUCAACGCCGGAUUACUGCUAAAUCACAGGUAAAUUUGGUAACAAGAGGGUAUGUGUGGAUGAAUCUUCUUCCUACAUAUUCGUGUGAUGAAUUCCCAAUCAGAAGUAGAGCAAUGGGAAGCUCUUGACCUCGGCGAUUCUGAGCUCCCUUCUUUUCUCCGCCCUUGCAAGCGCAAAUCUCCGUCGAGGUCUCAGCAAACCCCUGUCCCUGUGCAGCAACAGAACCCAAAGGCGGGUUUUAAUAGUAACACAAACCACCAUCAGACUCUCCGCCGCUGCUCCUCGCCGGAUCAUUCUCUUCAGGGAGGUUACUCCGGCUCCUUGAUUCCAGGACCUGCCGGAACUGUUCAAGUUGCUAUCCGGAGAAAGAUGAAUAAGGAUCCGAGAUCGUUCAACGAGCACGGAGAACCGAUUCCGACUCAAGAGUUCAUACGUAAGGCUGCGGAAGAACCUGACUGGGAAGACAAGGAUUUCUCUGAGGACCCGUGGGUCUCUGCUGUUGAUUACAUUCGUAGUAAAGGUUUGUUGAGCAAUGGUGGAAAUGCUAUUGGGACACCAGUGAGCGAGAUUAAGAGUGGAUCUCGCAGUUGGUGUAAGGUCGAUCAGGUCGUGGCAAUCGUCAAAACUUGCACUCCUAAUGGUCUAGGUGAUGUCAUGGUGACUCUUAAGGAUCCCACUGGAACAAUCGACGCCAGUGUGCACAGGAAAGUUAUCUCAGAGAGUGAGUUUGGAAGAGAUAUACGAGUUGGUGCAGUGGUGAUACUUAACAAGGUUGCAGUCUGCGCACCAUCACGGUCUUCACGCUAUCUGAACAUAACACUGAAGAACAUCUCCAAGGUUAUCACAAAGGAUACUCCUGUUGUACCAAAGCCUAACCGUUCUGAAACGAGUGCCAAGGCUCAUGUUCCAGUACAUGAUCUAACAGAAGAAAACGAGGAAGAUUUUCGAAUGCAAGCCAAAGUGUUUCCCGUGGAGCAAGGAACUACUCAAGGAAUCAUGAACAGCCUCAGAAAAAAGGCCAGAGAAGCACUCACUGAUGUAGAAAUGGAAGAAAUGAAUCCAGCGGAGGGAAGCAACUCCUGGCUAAAAGGUGUGAGCAAGAACCAUUGUGAAGAGCAGACACUGUUAGGAAUGCAGAAUUCAAUCAGCCAAGCAGAAGUUGCAGCAAGCAGGACAACCCCAAACACUCAAGAACAGCAACUGCAGGAAGAUGUAGCUUAUGGGACCGGUACAGCGAGUGACUUUAGACCGGUGAAACAGAUGAGCAGAAGUCGUGAACCGCACAGUGGUGAGCUAGAGAGUGUAAUGGAGAAGUGUGAUGAAGCUACAUCUGGGCCCAAGGUCAACAAAUCUCAGCCCAUGGCGUCUUCCAGCUUGGUGCCACAGUGGACCGACGAGCAACUUGAAGAACUCUUUGAUUUUGACUAAAAAAAGGGACAGUUUUGGGUUUCUGUUGACGUAAGAAACAGUUCCACUUGGCAGACAGAGAGCAGUGAAUGUUCAACCUUUAAUUGUUUUCUCUAACUCGAUCACUGGUGUAAUUAUAGUAUCAAAAAGAAAAGGUUCAACAAAAUUGCGAAAACAUUUAAAACUUUUUGAAAAGGUAAAUAUCAGUUUUAACACAUUAAAUAACGACCUUCAAAACACGCAUUAACACAUUAGUCAUUUUUCUAAUUGAAACGUUGAAGAGGAAAUUGACCUCCUCGACCCACA